AUGUCCGGAGAGAUUACUGCCUCACCCCCAACGCGACUCGGCGAUGCGGAACUGGGUAAAGAUGCUGAAGAAUCCAGGUGCGACGACGCGCCUGCACCAAGCCCGCUCGAAUAUACAUCCUUCACGCAGUCGCAGCGGCGGCGACUACGGCCGCUUCUUGGGUUGGCAGCUAUCACGUCACCCUUGACCGCGACCAUCUACUUCCCCCUUCUUCCCCUGCUGCGCACACAGUUCAGUACUACAGCGCAGGCUAUCAAUCUUACAAUAACCCUCUACAUCAUCUUCCAAGCCAUUUCACCCGUCAUAUUCGGACCACUGUCUGAUGUUCAUGGCCAGCGACCCUACUUCCUGGCCACUCUGGCCCUGUACGUCAUCGGUAACUUAGGACUAGCUCUUAACAAGCGCAACUAUGCUAUUCUCUUAGUGCUGCGCGCGAUACAGAGUCUCGGGGCCAGUGCAGCGUAUGCCAUCAGCUUUGGUGUCGUUGCAGACGUCUGCGUGGCUAGCGAACGAGGACAGAUGCUAGGCCCAAUCAGCAUGGCCAUGAAUCUGGGCACUUGUGUAGGUCCAGUCGUAGGAGGCGUCGUGGCACACACAAGUGGAAACAUCAAUUGGGUAUUCUGGGCCCUGUUCAUUGUCGGCGUAGUCUUGCUGGUCGGCGUAGGCGCGCUCCUCCCCGAGACGGCCCGCAACAUGGUCGACAAUGGCAGUGACAAGUCUAGAUACCAGUGGUGGCAGUACAGCUGGGUAGGCCUCUUACGAGAGCGGAUGAAGGUCAAAGCAGCAAAGAGACUGAAUGAAGACGACGACUAA